AUGCCGUAUAACAUACGUUAUGAAGUAGAUGUUAAUACCAGACGAUCAGGAUCAACUCUCAACGAGGCUAAAGAAUUAACUCGUCUAACAGGAUUAAAUUAUUAUUUUUCAAAAUCAAUUGAUUAUCAAGAUGAUGAAUAUGGUAAUGCGAUUUUAACACUAUUUCCAAUUAAAGAAACUACUCAUUAUGAAUUACCAAUGAAAUUAGAUCAAGAAAGACGUUCAAUUAGUAUUAUACGUGUUGAAUUGACUGAAAAUCAACAACUUUAUUUUGCAUCUACUCAUCUUGAAGUAUCAGAUGAAUCUACUCGUCUGGUACAAGUACAAAAAUUAGUUGAAAUUAGUUCAAAAUAUCAACAACAAUAUUCAUUUAUUAUUGCUGAUGAUAUGAGUUCAACACCGACAAGUGAAACGAUUAAAAAAUUUCAAGAGCAAUUUGCACUGGCAUGUAAAAUAAAUGAAUGUCUUCCAACAUUUUCAUCAAGUAAACCAACUAGGACAAUCGUUUAA